UGCAAAUUUCUGAUUCAAUCUUCCAGAUUUUCGCCAUUUUUUUAAAUCUCUGGAGUGUUGAAAUUCGACUUUCUCCGCAGAAUUCUUCCUCUGUUCUCGGAUUUCUCCGAGGCUCUUCGAGUUUUACGGCGUCUGAGAUUCGGGGAGAGACGAGGACGAGGAGGAAGCGGAUCGGAAAGGAAGAGGGUGGGGAGGAGCUCUACCUUGGGAUUUUCGGGAACCCUUUUCAGCGAUGAUAACGAGAUCGAAUCUAGCUGAGCAGCUGAGGGAAUACCAGAUACGAUCGAAGCAUGACUGGGCCUCUGUCUCCUUCUUCUCCUCGACCUCGAAUUUCUCUUCUUCUAGGGUGGAUGUCGUAGUUUUCGUCAUUUGGGAACUCCUCAUCUUAGCAUUCUUGGUGUUUUCGGCUGUUUCCUUUUACUUUAGAAGGUUGAAACUCGCUUUCAUCCUGGUUUGCUUCUCGUUGCUACUACUCCUUUUCCUGAAGAUCGCAAAGCAAGUUAGAUUGGCCAAGAAAAAGAAGAGACGGAUGCUUCUUCCUCUAUCUAUGUAAAGAUCUAUUCUUUUUUUUCUUUUUUUGACACGAGCUGACCCAACUCGGCCUGGCCUCUCGUUUGAGCUCUGUACUCAUUUGGGCGUAUGGAAAAGAACAAAGAAGACAGAAGUAAGCAACUCUUCCAUGCCGGAAAAUCUUCAAUGUGUUUCAGAAGAAGAGAGGCAGAAACCAGUGGUGUUUCACCGGGCAACCUCAGUGGUUGUUGUUUCAGUGUCUUGAGUUUGGUAGUGACAUUUAGAGGGCUCAUAGAAAAUUGAAAGGGUUGGAAAAUGUUAAUGUGCUGAUAUUUUUCUCAAAUUUAUGAUUUUAGUUUCUAUUAAAAAACAAUUAUGAAAAAUUAAUAAAGAUUUAAUACAGCUUAGUCCAUA